AAAUGGCGGUCGCCUUGCAGAAGCAGGUCUCUUUGCGAGACAAUAUGCUCGCCAAUUUAGAGGCCACACUGAGUGCGAAUGUGAAGUCGGGACGACAGAAUACAUCGCAAGAGACGGCAAAGCUCGUUUUGAGAAGUCUCACCGCCAUCGUCAAAGACAAAGAAUGGAAGAACGCCCAAGACUUGCUUCGAAUCCUCAGAGACUUCGGGAAGAGAUUGAUCGAAGUUGAUCCGACGGAAACAGUGGUAGGCAACGUGGUGCGACGUGUCUUGAAGAUCGUGCGAGACGAUUACCUCCGGGUCCACCUGGGCCAUUCGGCGGAUCAGAAACUCUUGUUACCACACGCUGUGGAUGAUUACGCCACUGCGUACGUCGAUUUGAAAGAUCAUGUCCUCGAAUCGAUCGAUGAAUUCGAGCAGGAAAUUGACUACGCUCUGGACAACAUCACCCAACAGGCAGAUCGGCUGAUCAAUGAUGGCGAAGUCAUUCUUACCUAUGGUAAAUCAAGAACGGUGGAAGCCUUCCUGAAAGCGGCGAAGGAGACCCGUUCGAUAACGGUGGUCGUUGUGGAAGGAGCCCCGAAAUACGACGGACAUGAAAUGGCCCGAAAUUUGGGCAACGCCAACAUCGCCACGACCCUCGUCCACGACUCAGCCGUGUUUGCUAUCAUGGGAAGAGUACACAAAGUGAUCCUCGGUACCCAUUCCGUUAUGGCGGACGGUGGUUUGAAAGCUUACUCGGGCGCCUACUCCGUGGCCUGCGCUGCUAAACAUUACUCGGUGCCUCUAUUAGUGUGUACUCCUGUAUAUAAGCUCACCCCUCAAUUCGUUACGUCGGAGGACCAGGUUGGAUUCAAUAAGCUGGAAUCGCCCCAAGAGAUCUAUGAUUUUGCGGACGGAGAUUUCGACGAAGCAGAAAUCCUGAAUCCCACUUAUGAUUACGUGCCUCCCGACCUAGUGCCGCUGUUCAUAUUCAACGUUGGAGGGAACAGCCCUUCGUACGUUUAUCGCCUCCUAUCAGAGUUGUAUCAUCCUGACGACUACGACCUGAAAGGAGACGUCUGACGUCCUGUUGUCGGGUUGAUCUUUCAUGUAAAUAAAUUUCAUCGUUGGACAGAAUGCGCACGAUUGAGCUCUGAGAGAACAGAGGACUCCUGGCGGCUUCCCGAACACAAGAUCGAGGAGAUGAGAGCGGAGCAUAUUUUUCCACAAAUAAACAGUGUAUUUGACACGACUCG